GACCAUCUGAGCGCCGCGCGGGGGGAGCGGGGACGGGCCCCGGUGGGACCCGUCGGCGCGUUCCUGCUGGAACAGAGCGAAACAAAUCCCCGCAGUUCCCAGAGUCACCCUGCCUGCUGUGCCGGUGCCCCGCCCGCUGGGUUCGUUUUGUGGCGCACAGGGACGGGCGUCCGGCCGGGACCCCACCACCGGAGCAUGGGAGACGCCGCGCCGGGGGCGGGGCUCCGCCGGUUCGGUUGAUGCCGGCGGCGCGGCGAUGAUGCUGCCGCCGGGUCCGUCCCGCGCCGCAUAAGUACGGCGGCCGCUCCCUCCCUUUCCCGUCGGGCCCGUCCCCCGCCGCACAGCGUCCUAAAGUAUGGAGAACUUCAUUCUGUAUGAGGAGAUUGGAAGAGGAAAUAGGACAGUUGUUUAUAAAGGAAGAAGAAAGGGGACAAUUAAUUUUGUUGCCAUUCUUUGCACUGAUAAAUGCAAAAGAACUGAAAUAGCAAACUGGGUUCGUCUGACUCAUGAAAUCAGACACAAGAAUAUAGUAACAUUCCAUGAAUGGUAUGAAACCAGCAACCAUCUCUGGGUUGUAGUGGAACUAUGCACAGGUGGUUCUCUAGAGUCUGUCAUUGCUCAAGAUGAACAUCUACCAGAAGAUGUAGUGAGAGAAUUUGGUGUUGAGUUGGUUACUGGUUUAUACCAUAUUCAUAAGCUUGGAAUUAUCUUUUGUGAGCUGACGCCUGGAAAGAUUCUGCUGGAAGGGUCUGGCACUUUGAAAUUCAGUAGUUUUUGCUUGGCUAAAGUGGAUGGUGAAAACUCGGAAGAAUUUUUUGCUUUAAUUGGAAAUGAAGAAGGUGAAGAUGUUAGUGAAAGUACUCCGCAAGGAUACUUGAAAAACAGAUUUAAAGGCUCUCCAUUAUACACAGCUCCAGAAGCAAUAAAGGGAGAUGACUUCUGCAAAGCCAGUGAUCUGUGGUCCUUGGGAUGUUUACUUUAUGAAAUGUUCUCAGGAAAACCACCAUUCUUCUCAGAAAACAUUUCUGAAUUAAUUGAAAAGAUUUUAUGUGAAGAUCCAUUGCCACCUAAACCAGAGGGUUCUGCUUUUCACAAACCUUCUGCUGAGUUCCUCAGUUUGCUUGAUGGGUUACUUCAAAAGGAUCCUCAGAAAAGGCUGAAUUGGACAGACCUAUUGCAGCAUCCGUUCUGGAAAGGAUCCCUUAGCCAUUGUGGUGGUGGUUCUGCAGACAGACAGGGCACAAGCUCAAGCAAAGAGGACACAGAGUCAUCAGUGUCUUGGAGUACCAAAGAGCCAAUGGAUACUCAUAAAAGUCUAGACAACCUGUCAUCCUCAAGAGCAGAUCCUAAACUACCAAACAGUUCUCUCAACAUAGUAGAAACUCAGGCUGAAUUACGCCCCAAAAGUGCAGUUGAUGGUGAAUCAAAUGAAUCCAUAUUUCUUCUCAGUUCUCGCCCCACACCUAGAACUAGCACUGCAGUAGAAGUAAGUGAUGCUACUACUGCCCCAAUCAAAAAUUUUCCACAAAGAGGUUCAUGCUUGAAAGAGGCUGAAAAUACGUGCUCAAGUCAGCAGGAUGUGGAGUCAGCACUGAGAGAGCUCAUUUACACUGAAUCUGAUCUUAUCAUAACACCAAUCAUUGACAAUCCAAAGAUCAUAAAGCAAGUAUCAGUUGGCUUUGACUCAAAAACUUUACAUAUGCCAGCCCAUUCAGCUGAGAAGUUAUCAUCUAUGAAUGAUGUGGACUGGAAUAACUUCUUGAAAAGAGUGUGCUCACUGCUUGAUUCCACCGAGAAGAGCACAGGAGCAGCACGUUCUAAACUGAACUUACUGUACUAUCUGUGUACUGUGGCUGUCCACAAGGAGAUUGCAAGCAGACUAAUGAGCUCUCAGCUGUUUCCUAUAUUGAUACAGCAACUGCGUGCAGCCUCCAGCUGGGAUAUACGUGCUAGAGUUGCUCGAGUGAUUGGUUUAGUGGCAUUACACACGGCUGAACUUGGAGAAAAUGUGCCUAUUUCUGAGGCAGUUGCACUUUUAACAGAACUCAUCAGAGAAAACUUCAGAAAUAGCAAAUUGAAGCAGUGCCUUCUACCAGCACUUGGGGAGCUGCUUUACCUUGUAGCCAGAGAGGAGGAAAAAGGGGAGCACCCCAGAGAAUGCUGGACUGUUCCCUCAGCUGCUUACACGGUGCUAAUGAGGUGUCUUCGGGAAGGGGAAGACCGGGUAGUGAACCACUUGGCAGCAAAGAUAAUUGAAAAUGUUUGCACUACUCGUUCAGGCCAUGCACAAGGAUUUAUUACAGGAGAAAUCGGGCCUGUCUUGUGGUACCUUUUCACACAUUCUGCAGUAGAUUCUUUGAAGAUAACUGCUGUUUCGGCUUUAUGCAGAAUUACUCGUUCCUCACCUAGUGCUUUCCAGAAUGUCAUUGAAAAAGUGGGAUUAACAGCCGUGCUAAAUUCCUUGGCAAAUGGAAUAUGCAAAAUUCAACAGUACAUGCUCACCAUGUUUUCAGCAAUGUUGUCAAGUGGGAUACAUCUACAGAGGUUGAUUCAAGAAAAGGAUUUUGUGACUACAAUUACUCGUUUACUUGAAAGUCCUUCAACUUUUAUUCGAGCAAAAGCCUUUCUGGUACUGCUACAAGUUUUAAUGAAUAACAGGGAGAUGUUGCUACUCAGUUGUCAAACAAGGCUCGUGAUUUAUAUUGAAAGAGACAGCAGAAAGAUCACACCAGGAAAAGAGCAGCAAGGUGGCAGUGAAUAUCUGUCAAAAUGCCUGGAUCUUCUCAUCUAUCACAUUGUGAGGGAGUUGCCAGGAAUUCUAGGUGACAUUCUCAAUGCCCUAACUAAUGUCUCGGGACGUAAACACCCAUCAACGGUUCAGGCCAAACAACUGAAGAUGUGCCUUCCUAUGAUGCCUGUAGUGCUUCACCUUGUGACAUCCCAGGUAUUUCGUCCCCAGAUAGUCACAAAGGAGUUUCUUUUUAACUAUGGCACCUUACUGGAGUUCAUCAGAUCAAUUGAAUCAGGAGAAACAAACUUGGACAGAGCAAUAGGGCAAGCUGCAUCAGAAGAAUUGAUUAAGACUACUCUCUUGACCUUUGAAGCAGUAACAGAGCAUCCCAGCUUGUUGAAAAUCCAUCACUUAACUGUUGAAGACUGUAUCCUCCCACCACUGGUUUCUUUGGUCCACAGUCAGAAUGUGGAAUGGAGACUCUUCAGCUUGCGGUUGCUCUCAGAAACCACAUCACUGCUUUUAAGCCACGAGGUCAUGGCUGAGGAGAAAGGGGAGAGCCUCGACUCAAACAGCAAGCUUCUGUCUCUCAUUAGAGAUUUAUUGCUGCCUCA